CUCCUCUCUAAUUGUUACAUUCCAAUUCCAUUAAAUUCAAAAUGACUAUCACCAGCCCAACUCCGACUAGCUUCCGGCGCAUCAGUGCCAAAGCCCCGGUGGAGGAGAUCCUGAAGAUGUUCCGUGAGGAUGGUGGGCUCGUGGUGGAAGGCUUCUUCACCCAGGAGCAGAUUGCCAAAAUGAACCGCGAGAUCGACCCCCAUCUGGCCAAGAUUACCUGUGGAACUCACCGCAAGGUCGACGAGGAGGCCUGGAUUACCGAGUUUCAUGGGGAGAACACCCGCCGCCUCAGUAAUCUGCCCACCCUCAGCAAGACCUUCCGUGACGAGGUACUCAACUACGACCUCCUCCACCAGAUCUGCGAGGCUGUCUUCCGUAAGGAGUCAGGUGAUUACUGGAUGUGCACUGCACAGGUUAUCGAGAUUGGUCCACACAGCAAGGCCCAGCAAUUGCACCGCGACACUGCAGAGUUCCCUGGGUUGACCAAGUUGGGUCCCCGAAUGGAUGAGAUCCAAAUUAGUUUCUUCACGGCGUUGACCGACUUUACCGCGGAAAAUGGUGCAACCCGGGGUAUUCCUAAGAGCCACUUGUGGGAAGACUACGAAGAUUGGGGCCGCGACGAAGAUGCAGUGCCUGCUGUCAUGAAGGCAGGAGAUGUGUUCUUCUUCACUGGCCGACUGUGUCACGGCGGUGGCGAGAACCGUACCGAAGACUUCUGGCGCCGCGGGAUCUCGCUUUGCUUCCAGGCAAGCUAUCUCACACCCGAGGAGUGCUACCCCCUGAUUAUGCCGCGGGAGGUUGUCGAAAGUAUGACACCGUUGGCGCAGAAAAUGUGCGCUUGGCGCUCGCAGUAUCCGACUUUGGGCGGAGGGUUGUGGCAACAUAACUACACCGAGGUGGCUGACGCAAUUGAGCUGAAAGCAAACCAGCCACUAAAGCAGUGAGACAAAGUAAAAACAGGCGGCGGAAAUGCAGAGUAGCUGCAGGUGACCACAGGUGCGGAAUGGAAAGCGAUC